AUGCCGAAGCCCAAGACAUCAGACUUCUCUGCCGUUGGUACACAGAACAUCGAGAAGCAUCUAUUUAGGGAGCACAGACUUGUAGACGAGUCGGGGAAGAGGCAGCCUGCGACUGGGAAUUGGCUGAAGGAGAAGACCCCUUCAAGAAAUAUCGUCGAGAUGCUGAAUCUCGACGCUUCUGACCCUAAGGAGCAAUCCAUCGCCAACGCUCUGAUUCAACGCUUCGACAAAAGCCAUUUUCAGAGGCUGCUUCUGGAGUGGGUAGUCGAUGCCAACAUCUCCUUCCGCCAACCCGAGCACUCUAGGCUUCGGCGCAUAUUUGAAUACCUUAACCCAUCGGUUGCAGCGACAAAUGCACAUAUCUCCCACGAUACUGUUCGAAGGCGAAUUGUCGACCUUCAUCUCCAACAAAAGUCACGCAUAGUGGACCACCUGAAGAGCUUCCCAGGUCAGAUCCAUAUUGCAUUUGAUGGCUGGCGUUCAAGGAACCGGCAUGCUCUCUAUGGGAUUGUCUGUUUUUAUGUUGAUAAAAAUGGUGCCCCUUCCAAGCUCGUCCUAGGCCUGCCAGAGCUGAAGGUUUCGCACUCCGGAGAGAACAUUGCGGCUCAGAUCCUCGAGAUCCUAGAGAGCUAUGAGAUACUCGACCGGGUGGGGUAUAUUACGCUUGACAAUGCCGGCAAUAUGGACACUGCAACGGAACAGAUUGCAGAGGCGCUGGGUAUUGAUCCGAAGAAGCGCAGGGUGAGAUGCUUCGGCCACGUCCUCAAUUUGGUGGUUAAGGCUCUAUUGUUUGGGCACAAGGCCGAGGCAUUGGAAGCAGAGGUGGAUGGGGGACCUGGUGUAGAUGCGGCCCAACACGAAAUCUGGCGAAAGAAGGGGCCGGUCGGAAAACUCCACAAUCUGGUCCACUGGAUCCAUCGAUCCGACAAGCUGACAUACCAUCUCCGUGCGCUGCAGGAGGAGUUCUUUCAGCAUUCAGACAACCUGAAAAUUCAAGCAAAGAAGCCUGUUGAUGUUGUCCUCGAUAACCAAACUCGUUGGCUGUCGACUCUCUACAUGAUCCGGCGCGGUCUCAUGUUGCGACCGUUUCUCGAAGACCUAGUUGAGAAGGUCACGCUGGAAUUCAGAAAGGGUUGUCGCAAUGGGGUGAGAAGGAGGGAAGAGAUACCCCUCUGUCUCCGAGAGGAGAGUCUCCUGAGCGAGAAAGAUUGGAAAGUCAUUGAGUUAAUGGACAAGGUGCUCCUUGAUUUCGAGGAGGCACUCCGGAUGCUUGAAGGCGACGCCCAGAGCCGGGGUGCGCAAAGGCGGCCGUAUCGAGGCAUACGUCUAGAAGAGUGGAAAGCAACAGCAGCAAACUACCCAGACCCUGAACACGUCAAGAUAAACAUCAACCUAGGGUGGGACAAGUUGAACGAGUACUAUACAAAGCUGGACGAGACGCCGGCAUACUAUGCUGCCGCCAUUCUAAAUCCGGUCUCUCGUUGGGCAUAUUUCGAGAAUUCCUGGACCAACAAAGCACAGCUGCUGUGGCUUCAGGAGGCGAAGAGAACGGUAAGGAAGUUAUGGGACGAAGAGUACAAAACACUACCGAUACUUACGAUGCCCGAUGAAGAGCCUCCGCUGAAGCGUUUAAAGGUAAUGAGUGCACUUGAGAGACAUCGAGCUUACCGGACCUCGUCGCUGUCAGGCAGGUCUUCAUCUUUGGAAAACUCGCAGAACGUAGACCAUGAUGAAUAUGACCACUGGCUGUCGAGCCCUGACGUUAAGAACGACCCUCUGGUCACUGAUGUCGUACAAUAUUGGUGGGGGAGACGGAAAGAUUACCCUCGGCUGUCGCGAAUGGCUCUCGACUUGCUAUCAGUGCCACCUAUGUCCGCGGAGUGCGAGCGUUUGUUUAGUGUUGCUGGGCAAAUGGUUUCACCGCUGCGGACACGAUUGGAAGCUAGCACGAUAGGGAUAACACAAACACUUAGGUCGUGGGUGCGCAAUGGCCUAAUCGACGCAGCGGAUACGUUGAUUGAUGUAUCAGGAGAGAUUGGGGAGAGUAUUAUAUGGCAGGCGGAGGAGGACGGCCGCGGUGCUUGGGAGUAG